AUGUCACCUCAAGCUAUUAUUGCUCCAUCUAUUCUAUCUGCAGAUUUUGCAGAAUUGGGGAAAGCAUGCUCUGAUACAAUCGGUCAAGGAGCAGAUUGGCUCCAUGUAGAUAUUAUGGAUGGGCACUUUGUGCCAAACAUUACUUUUGGAGCACCUGUCGUUACGAAGAUUAGAAGUCAUGUCGAUCGACCAACGGCUAAACACGGAAAGGGAACAUUCGAUUGUCAUAUGAUGAUUGCUGAGCCAAAGAAAUGGGUAAAGGAAUUUCAAAAGGCCGGGUGCGAUCUUUACUGCUUUCACUACGAAGCUGCAAUCUCAAGCACUGCGGCAGAAAGUCCGGAAUCGACGAGCGAAUCGAAGACGAACCCAAAAGAAUUAAUCAGAUAUAUUCAUGACAAUGGAAUGUUGGCAGGAAUAGCAAUUAAACCAGAUACAAAGGUUGAUGUGCUAUGGGAUAUUCUCGAGAAUCCCGAAGAAAAGGAAAGGCCAGACAUGGUAUUGAUCAUGACGGUCCACCCCGGGUUUGGCGGACAAAAGUUUAUGGCAUCUGAAUUACCUAAGGUCACCGAACUCAGGAAACGAUACCCAGACCUCAAUAUCGAAGUUGAUGGUGGAUUAGGUCCUGGAACAAUUGAUCAAGCCGCAGAUGCUGGCGCAAAUGUGAUUGUUGCAGGUAGUGCUGUUUUUGGAGCCAAAGACCCAUCCGAGGUUAUUGCCAAGCUUAGACAGGCUGUUGAUAGCAGAAGGGGAAAAUUGUAA